GUCUGAAUAAUGUAUUUGUUCUUUUCUUGUCCAUAUUCAUGUCUGAAUUCUGAUCCCAUUCAUAUCUUAUCAACUCGUUCGGCCUCGUUAAGGUAACGGCGGCAAGCUCGGUGGGUCUUCAUCGGUCCCCUGUCUCCCCGGCCGACGUCAGCGCCGACUCUCCUCAACAGCUCGGUCCAGCUCAGCCCAGCCAUCCCACUAUCAUAAAGCUUGCGCCAUAGCCUCAUCUCACUUAUCAACAAGACACUAGGGGCAAGAGGCAGAUAACAUACACAAUUGUCCGCCAUGUCGUACUUCUUCGCGACUCCCGUCGAUAUCGACGUUGUCCUCGAUGAUACAGAUGAGCGUUCUAUGGUCGAUGUCAAGCUCGACAAGAACCGUCGCGAGAAGGCGCCUCUCUUUAUGGAUGGCGAGUCUGUCAAGGGCGCUGUCACUGUUCGUCCAAAGGAUGGCAAGAGGCUCGAGCAUACUGGCAUCAAGGUCCAGUUCAUCGGCACGAUAGAAAUGUUCUUCGAUCGCGGCAACCACUACGAAUUUCUCUCCCUUAACCAGGAACUCGCUGCGCCUGGCGAGCUUCAGCACCCACAAACAUUCGACUUCAACUUCAAGAACGUCGAGAAGCAGUACGAAUCAUACAAUGGCAUCAACGUUAAGCUGCGCUACUUCGUCCGCGUCACCGUUUCACGCCGCAUGGCCGAUGUCAUCCGGGAAAAGGAUAUCUGGGUCUACAGCUAUCGCAUCCCCCCUGAGAUGAACAGCAGCAUUAAGAUGGAUGUUGGUAUCGAGGAUUGUCUACACAUUGAGUUCGAGUACAGCAAGAGCAAAUACCAUCUCAAGGAUGUCAUUGUUGGGCGCAUCUACUUCUUGCUUGUGCGCCUAAAGAUCAAGCACAUGGAGCUGUCUAUCAUCAGAAGAGAGACGACGGGCGCUGCUCCCAACCAGUAUAAUGAAAGUGAAACCUUGGUGCGCUUUGAGAUCAUGGACGGUUCCCCAUCGCGAGGAGAGACAAUUCCUAUUCGACUAUUCCUCGGCGGUUUUGAUCUAACACCUACAUUCCGCGACGUCAACAAGAAGUUCUCCACGCGUUACUAUCUCAGCUUAGUUCUCAUCGACGAAGAUGCUCGACGAUACUUCAAGCAAUCUGAGAUUAUUCUUUACCGCCAAGCUCCUGACGCCGCACCUGUCCUAAAUGCCGGUACCUCCUCACUACCUGCGCCCCCAGAGAACAAGUUGGCUGCUGCACAAGCAUAAAGAUAAAUUAGAAGGGCCUGGCUGUUGGUCUGAUGUACAUACACUGUCAACUUCAUGCGCGUCCUUUAAGCAUCGGGUCCUGGCGUUUCGGGUUUCAAGGCUGGAAGAGCAAGAUGAUGGAAGAUU